GUUCUUUUUCUCCGCAAUCAGAAAUGUUUGGUUCAAGAUGGGGGUGGGAAAUAGUCCUAUAGUAGUCCUCGCUCCUGUCACCACUGUGUCUGCAGAAUCGCAUGUACAAUUUUUGUAGAAUUUUCGCAUGACACUGCUCUUGUUCUCCGCACCAACAACCAAGGCUUGCCCCUUUCAACUCUUUUAGAUCGGGAAGUAAAUGUUUUAUAGCAUAGGAUCUGUACUUCCUAAGCGAUUCCAAUCUCGUCAUUUUAUCAUUGAUCCGAAAUGGGUUCAUAAAUUUCUGAGCAAUCCAAACGGCGUGUCGACGGCGAUCUUGUUUGCGUUGGUCUGAAGCGUAGCGUGAUAAAAGCUGAGGAAAUUUGAUGUAAUAAGUAUAAUUAGGUCCAACAUAUAGAUGACGUGGGUUGGAUAUUGUUAGCCAUUCUUCUAAACUAUUGUAACCUUUGCGAUUUAAAUGCGAUUUUCGAAUGCACACAACCUUUGGUCGUUCAUCACGAUAAUGUCGUCUCGAAGAAGUAUCUUCUGGUGGUUGCAUAAUCCUUUCUUGUUUUAUCUUGGGUCUGAGAAAAAUAGACAAAGAACGAAUAAGCUUUAUUCCAUCACAGUAGUAUUUCUGCUCCAAUGUGGACAACACAACGCCUCUUCUUGAUUUUGAUGGUUACCAACAAAAUGCAUUAACCCAAAUCUCAACAUUGAAUAAUUACUGUCAGCGUUUUCUAUUCUUUCAAUGACGUCCAGCAGUUGCUUUUUCAUGACAAAAGACAGAUAGUCUUCUUCUCGAAAAGAAAUUUCCAAAGCCUGCUUUACACAGGGCAAAACAAACGAAUUAUCUUUAAAUUUCAAGGAUACAUGUAGAUCGUCUCCUAAAAUCCAAAUUUUUUCAGACUGUUGAUAUGAGGAAUUUCUUCUUUUCAAUUCAAAACCUUUUCAACUCUUCAAAGGUUAAUUCAAAUUGAUGUUCUGUUUUGGUUUCGUAAAAUGCAAUUUUGAUUUUCAUUAACCCAGAACGUGUGUAAAAGUCACACUGAUAUUUACCUCCAAGCACUGCUUAAAUUAUAAUUGUUUUUGACUCGAGUGUGUUUUUCUAAAUGCCUCACACACACACAUAUUCCUAAUUCGAUAUUUGUACUGCGCAAAAACCCAGUCUGCCUCGAGCAUGUUAUUCAAAAUAUAUUGUGUUUCUUUUAAUUUAAUUCUCUUGUGACUCCGAUCCUGGAUGCCUUCCAAUCUGUACUACGCAAAAACAUAAUUUGGUGUGGCAAGUUAUUCCCAAUGUUUAUACUGAUUUGAUCUUAAUUGCCUUGUGACAGAAAUAUCUGGAUGUUUUUCUAUCCUGUUUAUCAUUAAGUUAACCGUAAUAGACACCAAUCUAAAUUCAGGACAUUCUACUAACGAUAAAACACAUUUGUCCAUCCCAUCUCCCAAGUAAAAUGUGAUCUUUUAAAGACUGAGAUACUAGCAGAUAGUCAGAGUCAUCCCUGACCUGCUCAGUUCCAACUCAUUUAAGUCAAGACUUCGUAUAUUGCACCAUCUCUCAAUCUCCGUCAUCAGCGACAGUGACACAAAACAAUAUUGUCAUGAAUUUUAUAAAUCCUUGAACAACCUUGCCUCCCAGUUCGUAUGGGUGAUAUAUUUCAAGAUGUGAAGAUCGGUCAACUGAUUUACCAUUUCGACCCUGUGGAUGCAGACUUCUGUGCUUAUCAUAAUUUUAAUAUUCAUCGAUAUUCGGAGAAGUUUGGGAAAGCUACAUCGGGAUACGUUGUCCGAAGAUUUACUGACCUUACCUUUAAGACAAGCGAACAUUUUGCAUGUAGUAUUAAACCUUAAAAACAACAUUGGACAUUGGGUAAAAGCAGGAAAUUCUGACAUUCUGCAUGAAUUUAUUCUGAAAGACAUUUAUCCUUAUGUAGAACCACGUCCAAAACAAUCUCAGUUCGAGUUUAAAAAACGUUUGAUUAAUGUUCAAGGUACUCUCGCAGCAAAUGAGCAAACAGAAUUUUUCAGGAAAUGUGAUAUUGACAAAGUGAUCUAUUGUAUCAAGCAUUAUUAUUCGACGGAGCAUCAACCUCUUAUCAAGGAACAUCCAAAUUUAGAAACACCAAAGGUGCCACUUGGAUUAAAAUUUACUAAUCCUAAUUUCAUGAUUAGAUGUUUUGAAAACAAGUGUACAGCAAACAGCUUUGAAAAUCUUGAACAGAGAUUCUGGGAUUGUUUUUUGUUUUUUAGUCUACUUCAAGACACUGUCACUGAUAUCCUGUCAAUUGGUAAAUCUAUUAGCUAUUCACUGAAUAUAAAAGCGAAAUAUACCUGUUAACCAAUUUCCCACAAUACCAUUAUGUUGAAACAUCUAAGAAAAGAGGAAUUCAAUACAAUCAUUAGUAAACUCCUUCAUCAGUCACCAAGAAGAAAGCUAGAUUUCAUCAAAGUGGGAAGAAAAAUAGUUAAAUCAAUCAACUUCGAGGAAAAGAACUUAGAAUAUUAUGUCAAUCUUUGUCAGUUGUUAAAAAAACAUAUCACCAAUUGUCUCAUUCACUUAAAACACUAUCAACUAAAUUCAGAAAUCACAAAAGGAAACCCACUUGACGCAGAAUUCCAAAUUUUAAUUCAAAUUGAUGGAGAGCAGAAUGUCGCCCUUCAAAUAGAAAAUAUUGAUUCAGAUUCAGAUUCAGAUUCCGAUGCGAAUGAAGAAAGUGACGACGCACCCUCGAAUACAGAUGAUGAAGAUGCGAUUCAAAAAGGUUUCCAAAAAGUGGUGAAAACUGCUACAGAAUCCAUUUCAUCAAGUAAAAAUAUUCCCUUAGCUGUAUCCCGUCUCAGCGACUCGGAUUCGGAGCCAGAGGAAGGGGGUAGAAAGGAGAAAUCUGUUCCUCUCAGUUCUGCCUCUGAUUAUGAAAGUGAAUGUAGGACCAAACUAGAUAGAGUUCCAAAACGUACAACUGAGAAAAAUACCCGAGAAGCUCGUUCCAGUUCUGUCUCUGAUUGCGAAGUCGAAGAAUGCGGAUCUGAACCAGAUAAAGAUCAAAAACGGUGGAAAAAACAUGGGACCAGGAAAAGUAGCCCAGAAGCCUCAUUCAGCGAUUCAAAUAAAAAAAAUUCUUCUCAUCCUAUUUCUGCCUCGGGUUCUGAAUGUUGGUCCGAAUCUGAGGGGAAAAAAGGAGAAAAACGUAAAAAAAACGGUUCACCUCAAAUACCAAAUAAGAAAAAACACAAAAGCUCCUUCCCCCCAGUUCGUAGUGAAGACAAAAAAGAGGAAGAUCAAGUAAGCAAAUUUCUAAACUUGAUCCAACAACCAUCAUCAUCAUCAUCACCAUCGGCAGAAAAUAAAUUCAGACAGCGGUACCUAAUCCCACUAUAUGCACAAAACCGAAGCAAAUAUCCUAUUCUUCUCGAAGACUUCGACAAACUCUCUUUACUGAAUAACAGUUUAUGUGAAUCAUUACCUAAAGUGGAAAACUGGCUGACGAAAAUGCAUGCCAAAAAACAGAAUUUGAAAAAAAAAAUGUGCAAAUCACAUCGAUACUAUAGACAAAAGCAUUCAAAAAUCAAAUGAAUUCGCAAAAUAUAUGCGAAAAAAUGCACAAAUUUUGGAAAGUUUUGCAAGUUUCUACAUCAAGAAUACUGAAACAAACUGUAAAAAGUGCCCUUUUCACUGUUUACCAGUUAUUACGUCAAGGGGAAUAAUAAAAAAAACUCCAAGAAAACCGGUAAAAAGGUAAUGAGCUACAUGAGCAAAGAUAUACAGACCCACGUCUAUAAUCCGCUACAACAUUUAGUAAAUUUGACACAAAGGUCGAAAUUAUCAUAUUUACGCUGUGCUGAAGUACAAACCGAUCGAACUUUACAUGUGAAAGCCGCAUUAGAGAAAGAUGAAAUUAAGUGGAACAGAAGCGGUUUUCAACAAUGUAGAACAUUAAAUACUUUUUUGUCAAAGUAGGACUCAUUACUGACAUUAGCGUUACUGGCCAUUUAAGUAUGUAUGACAUCAAAUUUCAUAAGUUUGCUACAAACCAGUAACAUUAUCACCAUCAUCCGAGUUUGAUCACAAAUAAUAUCAUGACAAAUUCAAUGCUUGUUUCCACCAUUUUUUAUCUUUAUCUGGUUUAGAUCCGCAUUCUUCGACUUCGCAAUCAGAGACAGCAGACAGAGUGCCAUGUGGAGCGCGAAGUGUACGAUUUAAUGCUUACCUUAAUAUUAAUCACGAUAAUAUUCACUUAGCAAGUGUCCAGAACUUUAUUUCUUGAUGUCGGGGAGAAUAAUGAUCCGGGGCACAGAUGAUAUUCAGUAGCUAUGAAAAAUUCCAUGUCCUGUUUGGUUGAACCAAUCUUCGACAUAAUGUUUAAAACGCCCAUUUCGGUGCUACCGAUCUCGGACAAAUUGGAUGAUCCCAGUGGUGAUUUCGUGUUUGCAAUCUAAUCUUCGACAUAAAGUUUAAAACGAUCAAUCUCUGGCAAAUUGAGCCGAGCAUAUAGUUGACCCAAUGUGACUCGAUUCUAGAUAGGAGCUCGUAUCUCUGUAAAGUCCUUUCUUGAUACCGAAGGUAAAUGGUACUACACAAUACUUUGACCAGGCAGUCCUGUUUGGUUGUACCAAUCUUCAACAUAACGUUUAAAACGCCCAUUUCGGUGCUACCGAUCUCGGACAAAUUGGAUGAUCCCAGUGAUGAUUUCGUGUUUGCAAUCCAAUCUUCGACAUAAAGUUUAAAACGAUCAAUCUCAGGCAAAUUGAGCCGAGCAUAUAGUUGACCCAAUGUGACUCGAUUCUAGACAGGAGCUCAUAUCUCUGUAAAGUCCUUUCUUGAUACCGAAGGUAAAUGGUACUACACAGUACUUUGAGCAGGCAAAGGUCAAGACAAUAGGAUUUGUUUACCAACUUGUUAAUCCUUCAGGUCAUCUGCCCCAUUGGCAGUGUUUGUGGUCAAGCUGUUGGUAAUAGACUCACCGAAACUGACAAGGUUAGCCAAGUGCGAUUUGCCUUAGAUAUCUGGAAAGGACUUUUAAAUCAUUUGUUUUCUGUGGACGUAUGCCAAUGGCGGACAUUGUAUAUAUUAUAUAUUAUAUCCACACUUCUUUUAAAAGUGUAUUGUAAAGACCUCAACCCACUGUCACGUUUUUUUCCGAUUUUACAAAGCGUUUUCACAGUGGCCUUUGUUAUUUGCUUGGCCCGCUGCCUUCGAAGAAAGGUCUUUGUCACGCCGUGUUAAAACGCAGCGUGGAAACGGGAAUAAACAGUUAUUCUGCAAAGAAAGUUUGUCGAAGUCUUCGAGAAGAUUUUAUAUGUUUUAUUGGCGAUCUGUAAGUUGGGAGGUUCAUGAGAGGAAUAAAGACAUUUUGUAAGUGAAUCCGGUUGUUCCUUAUGACGUAGAUUUAACCAGGGUCUUUCUAUGACUCUGAUUUAACUAACAAAAGAGUGCAAAUUAUGCAUUCAUACUAGUACUUGAGGAGCGACGACUAUGUGUUGCUCGAAGAACUAAACGAAAGUUUUCUCUGGUUGUUCCCAUGGCAUGCCAACUCAUGCAAUCGUUUCAUUCUGUUGGAUAGGAAUUGGAAAUA